CUCUGUGUUUGUUACCUUGCAGCACACUUCACAUGGAGAUGGGAGGCAAGAAGUCGCCUCCCGCACCGGGCGCUCUGGAGCUCGGUGUAGAAACUCAAUAGCUUCCUGUGCAGAUGAACAGCCUCACAUCGGAAACUACAGACUGCUGAAAACAAUCGGCAAGGGGAACUUUGCAAAAGUGAAAUUGGCAAGACACAUCCUCACAGGCAGAGAGGUUGCAAUAAAAAUAAUUGACAAAACUCAGUUGAAUCCAACAAGUCUACAAAAGCUCUUCAGAGAAGUAAGAAUAAUGAAGAUUUUAAAUCAUCCAAACAUAGUGAAGUUGUUUGAGGUCAUUGAAACAGAAAAAACCCUCUACUUAAUCAUGGAAUAUGCCAGUGGAGGAGAAGUCUUUGACUAUUUGGUUGCACAUGGAAGAAUGAAGGAAAAAGAAGCAAGAGCUAAAUUUAGACAGAUUGUGUCUGCAGUACAGUAUUGCCACCAAAAACGGAUUGUUCACAGAGACCUCAAGGCUGAAAAUCUGUUAUUAGAUGCGGAUAUGAACAUUAAAAUAGCAGAUUUUGGUUUUAGCAAUGAAUUUACUGUUGGCAGUAAACUAGACACGUUUUGUGGUAGUCCUCCAUAUGCAGCCCCUGAGCUCUUCCAGGGCAAGAAGUAUGACGGGCCCGAAGUGGACGUGUGGAGUCUCGGCGUUAUUCUGUACACCCUCGUCAGUGGGUCACUUCCCUUUGACGGUCAGAACCUGAAGGAAUUGAGAGAGAGAGUACUACGAGGGAAAUAUAGAAUUCCUUUCUACAUGUCCACAGACUGUGAAAACCUUCUCAAACGCUUCCUGGUGCUGAACCCAGUUAAACGUGGCACUCUCGAGCAAAUCAUGAAGGACAGGUGGAUCAAUGCAGGGCAUGAGGAAGACGAGCUUAAGCCAUUUGUUGAACCAGAACUAGACAUCUCAGACCAGAAAAGAAUAGAUAUUAUGGUGGGAAUGGGAUAUUCACAAGAAGAAAUUCAAGAAUCUCUUAGUAAAAUGAAAUAUGAUGAAAUCACAGCUACAUACCUAUUAUUGGGGAGAAAAUCUUCAGAGCUGGACGCUAGUGACUCCAGUUCUAGCAGCAACCUUUCACUUGCUAAGGUGCGGCCAAGCAGUGACCUCAGCAACAGCACUGGCCAGUCUCCUCAUCACAAAGUGCAGAGAAGUGUUUCUUCAAGUCAGAAGCAGAGACGGUACAGUGACCAUGCUGGACCAGCUAUUCCUUCAGUUGUGGCAUAUCCAAAGAGGAGUCAGACGAGCACUGCAGAUAGCGACCUCAAAGAAGAUGGAAUUCCCUCCCGAAAGUCAAGCGGCACAGCUGUAGGAGGAAAGGGGAUCGCCCCUGCCAGUUCCAUGCUUGGGAAUGCAAGCAAUCCCAAUAAAGCAGAUAUUCCUGAGCGCAAGAAAAGUCCUGCCAUCCCCAGUAGUAAUGCAGCAUCUGGUGGAAUGACACGGCGGAACACUUACGUCUGCAGUGAGAGAUCUGCAGCCGACAGACACUCAGUGAUUCAGAAUGGCAAAGAAAACAGCACUAUUCCAGACCAGAGAACUCCAGUUGCUUCCACCCACAGUAUUAGCAGUGCCACCACCCCAGAUCGGAUUCGCUUCCCAAGAGGCACGGCCAGCCGCAGCACUUUCCACGGCCAACCUCGAGAGCGGCGAACCGCAACGUAUAAUGGCCCACCUGCCUCACCCAGCUUGUCCCACGAAGCCACACCAUUGUCCCAGACUCGAAGCCGAGGUUCCACUAAUCUUUUUAGUAAAUUAACUUCAAAACUCACAAGGAGAAACAUGUCAUUCAGGUUUAUCAAAAGACUUCCAACUGAAUAUGAGAGGAACGGGAGAUAUGAGGGCUCAAGAGGAUUUCCAGUCCAGGUUGCUCCUGAACAUUCUCCAGCCAGUCGCAAUGUAUCUUCGGAACAAAAGGAUGAAAACAAAGAGGCAAAACCUCGUUCACUGCGCUUCACCUGGAGCAUGAAAACCACUAGUUCCAUGGAUCCCAGUGACAUGAUGCGGGAGAUCCGCAAAGUGCUGGACGCCAAUAACUGCGACUAUGAACAGAGGGAGCGCUUCCUGCUCUUGUGUGUCCAUGGCGACGGGCACGCAGAGAACCUGGUGCAGUGGGAAAUGGAAGUCUGUAAGCUGCCAAGACUGUCUCUGAAUGGAGUCCGGUUUAAACGGAUAUCAGGGACAUCCAUAGCUUUCAAAAAUAUUGCUUCCAAAAUUGCCAAUGAGCUAAAGCUGUAACCCAGUAAUUAUGGUGUAAAUUAAGUAGCAAUUUAAGGUGUUUUCCAGAACACUGAUGGAAAUGUAUAGAGUAAUAUUUAGGCAAUAACGUCUGCAUCUUCUAAAUCAUGACAUUAAAGUCUGAGGAUGAGAGCACGCCUGGGAGCGAAGGCUGGCCUUUUCUACGAAUGCACUACAUUAAAGUCUGUGACCCCGUGCCUCUGUCUCGUUUCCAUUGCCCGGGGAGUCAGAGUGUAACCCAUCUGCACGUGACUCCUGUGUGUGGUGUGAGUGGAUGGUGGGUGUGGGGAGCACUGUAUUGGAAGCAUCUCCUGACACUGGCAGCCAGCAUUACUAGUACCUCUGUGGGGGAUCAUUUGGUGCUAAAACAUUGCAAUUGCCAAGAAGGAAAAUACUGAAUAACUGCUAAGAAUUAACCUUAAGACUAGUUGAUAAUUAAUACAGGUUUACAGUUCA